GUGGUAGGCCACUGUGUGCUUAGGCAGAGUGUAACUUGUGGACGCUGGGUGUCGGGAUGCAAGUACAGGGAGUGACUUUAAUAAUAAAUAACACAAGGAACAAAACAAGAAACACAAGUAGCGUACAGACAUGAAACAGUGAAACAGAAACAAUAACGCCUGGGGAAGGAACCAAGAGGAGUGGCAGAUACCGGGGAGGUAAUCAGGGAGGUGAUGGAGCACAGUUCGUGCGCAGUAGAUUCAGCAUCAUUGGUAUAUAUUCAGCAGUACCCUACUUCCCCACCCUGUUCUGUUAGCGUCUCUCCUCUGUUUGUGUAUCCUUCUCUCUGCAGCCAUGCCGUCUCAAUUGGAGAGAUCCUUGCAGUCCCUGAUCACGGUGUUCCAUCGCUAUGCCGACAAGGACGGUGACUGUAACACACUGAGCAAGAAGGAGCUGAAAGAACUCAUGCAGACAGAGCUGGGCAGCUUCCUGAAGUCCCAGAAGGACCCAGCCGCCAUAGACAAGAUCAUGAAGAAUCUGGACCAGAAUGGUGAUGGGAUGGUAAACUUCGAGGAGUUUGUCUCCCUGGUGGUGGACCUCUCCAUCGCCUGUGAACAGAUCUACCAGCUCCACACCCAGAAGGCUUCUGCCAAUAAGUGAAGGAGGACAGGACAAGGAGAAAGAGAAGCAGAGAUGGAUGCUUUUCUAUAUGUAAUUUUGCUUCUCUAUAUGUCAAAUAAGUCAUUUUAUAAGAAGUCUUACUGUUGUGAAUAAACAGUGGCUUUCCCACUCUCUCUGUUUGUCACAUGUGUCUGACGUGUGUCUGUCUGUUUGUUAGAGGAAAUUAUAGUUUAGAUGAUUAAUUAUGUAUACAUUAUUGAUUAGAACCAUUUAUUCUAAUACUAUUAUGUUAUGGUAUGAAAAGUAAAAGUUAUUGGUUAAGCUGUUACUGAAAAUGUAAGCAGAACGAAUUAAUUGUCUGGGCCUCCUGGGAAGUUAACGGAGGAGCGAGGCUAUGGCUUGUCAGACAGAUAAGAAAUGUCUGGGAGACGUUCCAGGCCUAAUGAACAAUGGGCUCUUGUGAGAAUCGGAGAGAGGGGGGAUAAACUGAUGAUGUCAUGUUCAGUUUAUAACCUGUGGAAAAAUGUGUAUGCUUCAGUACUCUCUUGAAAUAAACGCUGUUACUUUUGGCUUUUAA